CGCGCCGCUCGCCGCCGCCGCCGCCGCGCUGCCACCGCCCGCGGUGCUGUCGGCCGCGAGGCGCGUGGUUGGUCGGUGGAUGCGGGACUGCAACGAGGGGCCGGGGUGCGAGGGCUGGCCGCCGGACGGGUGGGGCGCUUGGUGCGCGGAGCUCGACCUCGAGCUGAUCGCGUACGCGCGCUACCUCGCCACGCGCGGCAAGAGCGAGCGGAGGAUGAGGGACGUCUCGCGGGCAGAGCUGCUCGCGCCGUGGAGGCCCGGAGCGGCGCGCGCAGAGCUCGCCAAGCUCGGCGGCAGCUGCCCUUCCCUCGCCGCGCUCGCUCCGACGGCAGAGAGCGACACGGCGCCCAUCGCGGCGCGGUGGGCCCUGCUGGUGCGGCUCAACCACGAGGCGGAGGCGCUGCUGCCGUAUGCACUCACCGGCUGGUGCGCCGCGCCCGGCACGCUGGGGGGGCGGCUGUCUGCGCUGCGCCACCUCGUCUUUUACGACGUCAAGAUGCGCGCGUGGGAGGGGGGGCUGCCCGACAAGGCGGCCGACACGCCACCCAUCCAAAAGUCCAAGGAGGCGGUCGUUAUGCUGACCGGGCUGCGGGGCGCCGACAUGGCAAAGAUGCGGCGGCGCGACCGCGGGUUCCGCGUCAAGUUUGUGGGCGAGGCUGGCGACGACUACGGCGGGCUCUACCGCGAGGCCUUUACCAACUUGUGCGCGGAGCUGCAGGCCGACUCGUCCGAGCUGCUGCAGCGCUGCCCGAACGGGCAGCACAGCCUCGGCUCCAACCGCUCCUCCUUCUUGGCGCGCCCGUCGGCGAGCUCUCCGCGAGCGCUCGACGGGUGGCGCAUGCUCGGGCUGCUGCUCGGCUGCGCGCUGCUGCAGCGGGACACGGUGCUCGACCUCGAGCUGUGCGAGCAUGUGUGGAAGGCCGACCUCGCCGGCUUCGACGACGCGGCGGCAAACUCGCUCCGCUCGCUGAGGCACAUCGACCGCGAGGGCGUGGACGCGGCGCUCUUUGGCGACCUCUUCUUCAACUGCUUCGAGGUGGAGCUCUCCGACGGCUCGCUGGUGGAGCUGUGUGACGGCGGCGCGGCGCUGCCAGUCACCUUCCACAACCGGCACGCCUACUGCGGCCUCGCCCUCGCCGCGCGGCUGGCCGAGGGCCGCGCGGGCUACGCGGCGAUGCGCUCCGGCGUCGCCUCCAUCGUCCCAUGCGGCCGCCUGCUCGCCCUCCUCACCGGAAAGGAGCUCGAGCGGCUGGCGUGCGGCGUCGCCGACAUCGACCUCGCCGCGCUGCGACGGCACACGCGGCUGCCGCUCACCGAGGCAGAGUGGGGCGACGCGACGAUGCGGGUCCACGCCCUCGAGACGCUCACGCCCGACCAGCACUUGCCGGUGGCGCACACCUGCUUCUUCUCCAUCGAGUGGCCAAAGUACACCUCGCUCCACAUCGCAAAGGCCAAGCUCUCCUACGCCAUCACGCACUGCGCCGGCAUCGACGCGGACAACACCUCCGAGGCGCGCGCGAACGCCCUCGCGGACGCCUUUGCGCACCUCGAGGGCGACGGCGGCGCCGCCUCGUCGGAUGCGCCGCGCGGAGCGGCGAGCAGCCGCCUCGCGCGCACCUCGUCGAGCGAGACCGACGCGAGCAACGUCUAG